AUGGGCCACAUCGUCGUGACCGGCGGCUCCGGCAAAGCAGGCCAAUUCGUCAUCAACGAGCUCCUCAACGCCGGACACAAAAUCCUAAACCUGGACCUGAUGGAAUUGGAACACCCAGAUGUGCACACCCUAAAAACCGACCUCGCCGACAGCGGCCAAGUCUUCAACGCCCUGUCCGGCCAAUGGACGCUCCGCGAGCCCUUCCCGGAAGGCCUCCCGCCACGCCCAGACGCCGUGGUCCACCUCGCAGGCUACGCACGCAACAUGCUCGUACCAGACAACGAGACCUUCCGCUCGAACACGCAGGGCACAUACAACAUCAUUGAAGCAGGGUGCAAGCUAGGGAUCCGCAAGAUCAUCAUCGCCAGCAGCGUUACAGUGUACGGGGUAGCUUUCGCGCAGGGCGAUACUAACUUUCCCUCAUUCCCGAUCCACGAAGACCUGGACGUCAACCCGACGGAUACGUACGCGAUCGCGAAGCUAUGCAGCGAGCGCAUUGCGCGGGGCUUUGCGGCGCGCUUCGGGGUGGAUAUCUAUACCCUGCGUAUUGGGCGUGUCAUCGAGCCCGAGGAGUACAACAAAGAUAUCUUCUACAGCUAUGUGCAUGAGCCGGCGCUGUGGAAGGUGCAUGGGUGGUCGUAUAUUGAUGCGCGGGAUCUUGGUGGGAUGUGUGAGGCGGCGUUGCGGACUGAUGGGCUUGGGUUCCAAGUCUUCAAUGCUACCAAUGAUCACAUUACCAAUCUUAGUCCUACGAAGGACUUUUUGCAGUCGCAGUUCCCGGAUAUACCUAUCACGCGCGAGAUGGAGGAGUUUGAGGCGCCGUUUUCCAAUGCGAAGAUAAAGAAGCUUCUUGGAUUUCAGGAGAAACAUCCAUGGCACAAGUAUUUUAGUAAUUGGGAGAAGAAGCAGAUUGAGAUGGAGGAGACCAAGAGGCGAAUAUUCUGGUCAAACUCCCCACACAAAACUCUUGGGGAUGCAUCAUCAUUCCACCCACUUCCACUUCACGUUCCCUCUUACCAUCUCCCCCUCAACCCUUUUUUAACGGCGAUCACCCCUCCCGACUUCAUCAUGGAUCAGGCAAAGUUGGCUAGAAUGCAAGCGAGCGUUCGCAUCGGGUAUGUAUAUCGUGUCCAGAAUUGUUUUCAUCCCGACCUCUCGAUUCCCUACGGAAGAAACGAAUUUUCGAACUGCAAUAGCCGGAUUCGACACAGCCGAUAUGGCAAGGGUACUCCCCGCCGCAAGGUCAAGAAGGUCGUCCGCAACUCCGGCGCCGAUGACAAGAAGCUCCAGGCCGCCCUCAAGAAGCUGAACGUCCAGCCCAUCCAGGGCAUCGAGGAGGUCAACAUGUUCAAGGAGGACGGCAACGUCAUCCACUUCGCCAACCCCCGUGUUCACGGCGCCGUCCCCUCCAACACCUUCGCCCUGUACGGCAACGGUGAGGAGAAGGAGCUCACCGAGCUCGUUCCCAACAUCCUGAACCAGCUCGGCCCCGACUCCCUCGCUUCCCUGCGUAAGCUCGCCGAGAGCUACCAGAACAUGCAGAAGCAGCAGGGCGAUAAGAAGGACGACGACGAGGAGGAUGAUAUCCCCGACCUCGUCGAGGGCGAGAACUUCGAGACUAAGGAAUAA